UGGCUGCUGUGGCCACCGAGUCUGCGUCUGCAGCAACAUGGGGAGACCAGCGGAGCAGCUGAGGGGUGGCUGAGGGGGGACCUAGGCCCCGAGCCUAGGUGCCACGGCAGAGGGAGGGAAGAGCAGUAACGAGGCCAAGACGAAAUGGAGACAUGGAGGCAGAGAGGGAAACCCUGCACAGCAGCGCCUGCCCUGAGGUGCGAACCUUCUGCCAGAAGCAAGGGCUGAUGUUUGAGGUCGUGGACCUGCACUGGGGGGUCCGAAGUGCCGAGGCCGCUGAGCUCAUGACCCCUGAGCUCUGCCAGGAAGAGCUUGAACGCUGCCAGCAGACUUCUCGGGGCCCCUCCUUUGUGGCACUGCUGGGGAACCAGUAUGGGCCCUGCCCGCUGCCUAGACUCAUCGAAGAAAAGGAGUGGGAGGUGCUGAGGGCGCAGCUGGCAGCCCGGCCCCGAGACCUGGAGCUGCUGGCCCGGCACUUCCGCAAGGACGAGAACGCGGUGCCCCCCACCUUCCUGCUGCAGGCACCCGCCGGGGGUGAGCCCCGCAGCCCCGAGGAGCCGGGUCUGGGCUCUGUGCUGUGUGCUGCGGCCCAGGACGCGCUCCAGCAGGGCCUCAUAUCCUUGGAGCAGUGUGGACGCUUCCAGUGCUCAGCCAUGGAGCAGGAGCUGGAGCUGGGCGCGCUGGGCGCGGAGGGCGAGCAGGGGGCCACCGUGUUCCUGCGGGAGAUCCAGGACCUGCAGCGGCACCUCCUGGACGACUGUGCCCUGCGCCUGGUGGACCGGCUGCCCGACGGCUGCCUGGACGAGGAGGCGCAGGAGCGCCUGGGCCGCCUCAAGGAGCGCCUGGCCACCGCGUGCCCGGGCGCGCUCAAGGCGCACCAGCUGCCCUGGAGCCGAGACCUGGUCAACCCCAAGAACAAGGCCCACGGCCGCUACCUGCGGGAGCUGGGGGAGCAGUUCGUGGCCAGGACCAACCACCAGGUGCUGGAGCGGCUGCGGGAGGCCGAGCAGGCCGCGGCGGCCCAGCCCGAGUUUGCCUGGCUCUUCCAGGAGAUCCGCCAGCACCUGGCACUGGGCGCCGAGGCCACCCGCGCCUUCUGCGGCCGCCAGGACCUGCUGGCACAGCUGGGCCAGUGGCUGCGGCUGCAUCAGGAGGUCCCGCACCCCCCGCUUCUGCUCUGGGGACCCCCGGGCGUGGGCAAGACGACACUGAUGAGCCGCUUGGCCGAGCAGGUCCCUGCCAUGCUGGGCCCCAAGACGGUGACGGUGCUGCGGCUCCUGGGCACCACGGGGCUGAGCCGUGAGGCCGGUGCGCUCCUGCGAGGCCUCACCUGCCAGGUGUGCCUGGCCUUUGGGCUGCCCCCGCCUCCCGCCCAGGUGCUGGGCGCCCGGGCGCGCCUGGUGUCCUUCUUCCAUGCGCUCCUGCACACUGUGUCUGGCCGCCGCUUCGAGUCCCUCGUCAUCCUGCUGGACUCGCUGGACGAUGUGGACGGAGGAGGCUGGGCGCACCGCGGGCUCUGGCUGCCGGCCCAGUGCCCCCCGCGUGUCCACCUCAUCCUUUCGGCCUGCUCGGGCCCUCGGGGGGCCCUGGACGCCGCCCUCCGCAAGCUGCCCGGCGCCGACAGCUGGGAGGUGCCCCCGCUGCCCGCCCAGCAGGCCCAGGAGCUGGUGCACAGGCUGCUGACAGCCGCCAGGCGCACGCUGAGCCCCCGGCAGAGGGACGUGCUGUGGGCCAGCCUGCCCGAGUGCGGCCACCCUGGGCGGCUACGGCUGGCCUUCGAGGAGGCCCGGUCCUGGGCGUCCUUCACGGUGCCCGCACCCUUGGCAGCCACGCCCGAGGAGGCCACGCACCAACUGUGCGCGCGACUGGAGCAGACCCACGGGCGGUUGCUGGUGGCCGCUGUGCUGGGCUACCUGGCCGCUGCCAGGCACGGGCUGUCAGAGCCAGAGCUGAAGGAUGUCCUGUCCCUGGACGAUGAGGUCCUGCAGGCUGUGUACCGGGACUGGACGCCGCCCAGCCGGGAGCUGCUGCGCUUCCCGCCGCUGCUGUGGGUGCGUCUGCGCCGGGACCUGGGCCACUGCCUGGCGAGGCGGCCUGUGGACGGUUUCAUGCUGCUGGGCAUCGCCCAGAGGCAGCUGGCUGAGGUGGUCCAAGCACGCUACCUGUCGGGGCCUGAGCGGGCCAAGAGGCACGGGGUGCUGGCGGACUUCUUCUCGGGGACCUGGAGCCAGGGCACCAAGAAGCUCAUCACGCUGCCACUGCUGGGGAAGCCGCUUAACCUGGACCGCAAGGUGGCCGAGCAGCCACUGUGGUUCUCAGACUCGGUGCCCAACAUGCGUAAGCUACAGGAACUGCCGCUGCAUCUGCUCGGCGCUGGCCGUGUCCAGGAACUGAAGCAGGAGGUUCUGGGCAGCAUGAGCUGGAUCUGCUGCCGUGGCAUAUCGGGGGGUCUGGAGGCGUUGCUGGAUGACUUUGCCCUGUGCGCAUCCAGCCUGGACUGCCCGGAGGUAGACCUGAUCCACGGUGCCCUCCAGAUGUGCCGCCCAGCUGCCGAGCUCCGGGGCCUAGACAAAACUCUCCUGUACACGGAGCUCCUGGCCCGGCUGCUGUACUUUGCGCCCAGUCACCCGGCCCUCGUGGGGCCACUGUGCCAGGAAGCACAGAGCUGGUUCCGCCACUGCACAGACCCCACCCUGGUGCCUCUCGCUGGCUUCCUCCAGCCCCCCGGGGAUCCCCUCCAGGCCACCCUCACGGGCUGUCACAAAGGCAUCAUUGCUGCGGCGUGGAGCCUGGAGCAGCGGCGGCUGGUGCUGGGCACCCAGGAUGGCACUAUAGCCGUGUGGGACACCGAGGACUGGCAGACGGUCCACAUCCUGACUGGACACACAGGUCAGGUGAAGGCAUUGAGAGUGUUGGCCGGGGGCAGCCUCGCCAUCUCCGCAUCCCGAGACCACACACUGCGCCUCUGGGAUCUGCUGUCGGGGCAGGAGAGAUUCACUCUGCAGGAUGGUGGCUCCCAGGAUGCGGCCGAGCCUCAGGCUUGCAGCCUGCAUGUGGACGAACCCCGGCGAGUGCUGUACUCUGUGUCUGGCUGCACGGUCAGUGCCUGGAACCUGGCAUCGGCUGAGCUGCUGUUCCGGAUCACAGGGGAUGCCAGGGACCCCUGGGUGUGCGCAGCCCUCCUGCCUGCCAGGUCCACACUGCUGGCUGUGUCUGCGGGCCGCCUAGUCAGUUUGUGGGACUCGGCCUCGGGAGGGCGGCAGGGCUCACGGCCACUGUCCAGUGUCACAGACGAAGAGCCCACAUGCGCGGUGGCACUGCCCGGAAGGGGCGUAUUGGCUGUGGGGCUCAGCCAGGGCACCCUCAGCCUGGUCUCCCCUGACCAGGACAAGCUGCUGGAGAAGCUUCCGGAAGCGGCGACAUUCCUGGUGGUCUCUGAAGACAACUCCCUCCUCGGGGCAGCCUUUGGCAGGUCCGUGCGCGUCUUCUUGGCUGACUCCCAGGGCUUCCGCCACUUCAUGGCCACGGACCUGAGCCACGAAGACACAGUGGGGGCUGCCGCCUUCGGGCCCCAGAACAACCUGCUGGUCACGGGGUCCCAAGAUGGGCUCAUUCAGGUGUGGAGCCUGUCGGAGCAGGGGGCGCUGCUGGCCGUGCUGGAGGGUGUCGGGGCGGCCGUGAGCCUGCUGGCCAUAGGCGGGACUCUGGUGGCUGCGGCCUCGCAUCAGUCAUCCACCGUGAAGGUCUGGGACCUCAGCUGCACACCACUGCCCGGGCCUUGUGCACCCUUCCCGGACAGGACGGGGCUCACGGCUGUGUCCCACAACGGAGCCUUUGUCUAUUUCCCCAAAGUCGGGGACAGGAACAAAGUCACCAUCUGGGACGUGGCUGAAGGCGCAGAGCAAGACGCUGUGGACACGUCCAGCGAGGUGUCCUGCCUGGAGGUGGCGGAGCGGACGAAGCUGCUGCUGGCGGGGCUGGUGUCGGGCGUGGUGCUGGUCUUCCCGCUGCUGUCCCGCCACGACGUGCUGUGCAUCCCGCCGCCCGAGGCCCGGCGUGCGGUGCGCUGCGUGGCCCUGAGCAGGGACGAGAGGCGCCUGGCCAUCGCCUACGACCACACGGUGCUGGUGCUGGACGUGAGCCCGGGCGAGCCGUUCGCCGUCAUCGACGGCCCCGUCUACACCUUCUACACGCAGCUGCCCGAGCCGCUGGUGCGAGCCGCGGUGCUGGCCGACAGCCGCGUGCUCUACGGCCUGGGCGACGGCGGCCUCUACCUCUACGAGUGUGCCAGCGCCCGGGUGGCCGCGCUGGACACGCUCGGGGGCGGCCGGGCCACCUGCCUGGAGCUCAGCCACGGCGAGCAGCUGGCGGUCAGCGGGUCCGAGGAGUCGCGGCUGUUCCUGUGGGACCUGCAGGCCUGCGUGUGUGCCCUGGAGCUCGGCUACUCGAGCCCCUACUGCAGGGGCGUGCAAUGUGCCUGCUUCUCCCAGGACGACAAGUACGUCUUUGCCGGCCUCAAGGACCGCUCUGUCAUCGUGUGGAGCGUGCGGGAUGGCUCCCUCCUGGCCGUGCAGUUCGUCCACGCCGUGGUGAACCGCAUCGUGCCCACGUCCAAUGGCUUCAUCGCGCCCAGCAGACACGGCCGCCUGGUCCGCCUUCGCUUCCAGUGCCCGGCCGCCCGCGUGGCGCAGGACCCGCUCAGGAACUUCAAGAAGGCCGCGUGGAAAGUCAAGUGGAGGCAGCGGGAGGAGCUGGCGGCUGGUGAGGGUGGCUCGCAGGACGCUGAGGGCCCCAAGGACACCGAGACCAAGGGCCACCGUCGCUCCCAGGUCUGCCUGCUGCUGUGAGGGGCCACGGGAGGCCAGUUUCUCUGCCUCUGAGCUCCCCCAAAAAAGUCAUCUUAGAGGGUCCCAGCUGCCCAGGGUGGACAUCCUGCAGUCUGUCCAGCUCCUUCUUUAACGACUUCCCAGGACAUAGCAGAGCCCAAGAG